CCCGGGUCGGAUCAGCAAAGCAUACGGUUUUUUCCUUUGAAUAAUUUCGGAACAGUUCCUCUCGGCUGUGUUGACUCUUUUGUAAGUGAAAUCAUCGGUCUUUUUGAUUCGCGGAUGUUGAACUGGUGAAGAUCGUGCGUUGUCACUGGCAACGUGUUCACAACAAAGCGUUUUGGUCUCAGUUUACCAAAGCGAAGGCUACUUGGAUGUGUGACUUUCGCGGCGGAACAACAAUAAGAAGACAAAUGCCAAGAGUUGAAUGAAAAGAACAACAGCACCACUGCAAACCAAAGUUAUCUGCUGCACGAAAACUUGAAACGGUGAAGAUCGCUUACGACCAAACCCCGUUUAAGUGGUGGGCCCCCCUAGUGUAGUGAUCCGCUAAGUGCUAUUGUGGAGAUUAAUUUCUCAAAUUGCGAGCAUGCUUUCGUGAGUUAGCAGAAAUUAUUCGCGAGCUUCGAUUGUCAUUGUUGGUUUUGCCAUUGGCAACGGAACGUGAUCUUUAGAUGCUAGAGCAAACCUAGAGUGCCUAUACAGAAUAACGAUCAGCCUGAAGAGACGAUCGAUCCUCAGCGAUCGAGCAGCUGGUCGGCCUGGAAUAUCAACGACCUUUCAGCCAUCGCCGUCAACGUCUGUUCGUAUACCUGUUGAAUCGUUGCGAAGUUGUUGUUGUUGAAGUUGGUGCUUGGCUACGCCGAAGAUCAGGUUUUUCCUGCAUUGCGGCAAGUGGGGUACCCUUCGAAAAAAAGAAACAGAAUACGGCCAACCGGGAUAAUUAUUCUGUGCAGUGACGAGAAGAUCGCGGCGGAAAAUUCGAUCGACAAGUGCAACAAAGCAACCUGGAUGCGCCGCGAAGCAGUGCUUUCUUCUUUUGUCCAAACCUUAGCCUACUGUGUUGAGAUGUGGUGACCGAAAUUGGAAGUGCACAGCAAGCAAGAAGUGUUGUGUGGAGAAAGAGUGCGCGAUCAACAGUGAAAGAUUAAAAAGCUUACAUUCCGUCUGUCUUGGGCUGGUGGAUGAAGUGUUGUGCCUGCCUCUUGGAAGCUGCUGGUGUGUCGAUUAGUUUGCAGCCGGAGAGGAGGAAAUGAGUCGUCAGCGUUGAUGGCGCUUUUGCACGAAUUUUCUUCGGUGGUAGCGAUCAAUUGAUGAUCAUCAACCGUUGCGGACGACGAAGUCGACGAAGUAGAUUACUACAGGUGUAUCCGGAGCGGGAGUGGAAAUUAUAGCGAAUACCGAUGACCACAAUGAGGCGACCUGCCACAAUAACAGAGCUGUUAUUCUCCGCCAGGUGCCAAAACUUGCACAUCCGCCGCUAAAAUCAGCGCCCAUCAAUUGACGACUACAGGGCCACCGGCUACCGGCUUAGGAAAGAUGGGUUCAAUCAACGGCGGCCCCAAUGACCCACGUCACUAUUGCACCCUUCGCAACAACAGGACCAAUUUGAAUGGGACCGCUAAUGGCCUCGAUGGCCAAUCCGAGAGCGAUGGCAGUCGAGAAUUGGACGCCUCCCGAAUCGGGAAGUUCUGUACGAUCCGAGGAUCCAAGGGAACUGGGACUAUGGGUAACACGCCGGUUGUCGGAGGUGAUCGAGAAUCGUCCUCCCUAAGAGGGGCAUUCUACUUGGGAGACGGAGAGGAUAAUCGCAGUGAGCUGAACCGGAAUCUGCUGUACGAAGAAAACAUGUGCACAUUCGAGAACUUCUGUGAGAAAAGCUGGGAAGAUUGUGGGGAGGAAGUGGGUGAAGGUGGUGAUGCAGGGAUUGCAAAUUUCUGUACGCUUCGGAAGAAACGAUCUAUAUCGCAGAAGGCGGUGGAUACAGGCAGUGGUGGUUGUGGGUCCCAAAGUAACGGAUCUAGUGAUGUGCGUGAAACGUCUCUGGUAGACGAGGGAGUCGGAAGCUAUUGUACCCUGAAGAAGAAAAAGCUAAAGUUGAAUCAGAAGUUUGUGGAAAGUUUCCUGGAGGAUCCAAAUGCCAAGUUGCACGACUAUCUGUCCGAGUUGGAUGCCUACUUGGAUGAGAUUGAUGGGCUGGAUUCCGAGGGUCAGUUUUCCAGUGAUGACGAAGAAGUUCAAAAAGAGGUGGAAGAAGAAAUCGAAGAUCACGCAGUGGGUGGCGAAGAAACGAGUGAUUCGCCGUCCACGAUCGGUUACAUUGAUAUCGAAAAUUUCUGCACCCUCCCGAAGAGGAAGCGGGUGCAGUUUUUGAAUGCAUUCCAAAGGGCCUCGCCAUUGCGGCGGACCUUUGCUGCCCCCGGUCACAGUAGUAGCAACAAAGAAACCGGCGGCAAUUUGAACCCGAUUGAGGGAGAAGUGAUCACCGAAGCGGAUGAAUCAUCACCCGUGGGGACGGCUGCUGCCGAUCGUGACUCAGUAGGCGCUGAAAAUGGUAAGUGA